CCAGCCCAGGAAGCUGCAGCAUUUCCUUCCUUUCCCACCAGCCCAUCCGGGCUUGUCGAAAGAGCAGGGGCUUGCCCUGUGAAGACCGAAGCUUCUGGAUGCCGGAGGGAAACCCCUGCAGGCAGGGGGCUUCCAAGCUUGGGACACCUGGGCAUUCCUGGGCCAGGUCCAUGUACCCUCCCACUCUGAGACCCCCAGGGAAUGACUGAGGGGCCCCUGCAGGGCUGCCUGUCAGCAGUUCCCCGACCUUCUCCUUGGGGCUCAGGGAGCAAUGAAAAGUGCCCGACAAACCUGCAACUCAGAAGCCAAAUGAGACCUAUUGCAGGCAGGUCCGCUGUGCUGGUGGCCCUCACACCCCAAAGAGAAGGGAGGCAGCCGGGACCGCUGCGGCAGCACUCGCGCCAGCUCAAGCCCGCAGCUCGCAGGGAGAUCCAGCUCCAUCCUGCCCGCAGCAGCCCAGCCCUGCGCACCCACCAUGGAUGUCUUCAAGAAGGGCUUCUCCAUCGCCAAGGAGGGCGUGGUGGGUGCAGUGGAAAAGACCAAGCAAGGGGUGACAGAAGCAGCUGAGAAGACCAAGGAGGGGGUCAUGUAUGUGGGAACCAAGACCAAGGAGAAUGUGGUGCAGAGCGUGACCUCAGUGGCUGAGAAGACCAAGGAGCAGGCCAACGCCGUGAGCGACGCCGUGGUGAGUAGCGUCAACACCGUGGCCAUCAAGACCGUGGAGGAGGCGGAGAACCUCGCGGUCACCUCCGGGGUGGUACGCAAGGAGGACCUGAAGCCAACUGCUCCCCAACAGGAGGGUGAGGCUGCCAAAGAGGAAGAGGAAGUGGCCGAGGAGGCCCAGAGUGGGGGAGACUAGAGCUGCAGGUCAGCGCGGACGCCCUGAGGAGCGCUCCUCUGCCUUGGACACCAUCCCCUUCCAGCACAAGGAGUGCCCGCCUUGAGUGACCUGUGGCUGCCCACGCUUCUGCCCUCAUGCCUGGCCACCCUGGCCUAUCACCUGUGCUGCUGCACCGACCUCACUGCCCUCCCUCAGCCCCGCCCCGCCUCUGGUCCUUCUGACCCCACAUAUGCUGCUGUGAAUUUUUUUUUUAUGAUUCCAAAUAAAACUUGAGCCCACUCCAGC